AAUCUAAUACAAAUAACGACCAAAGAGAUCAAGAAGGGUGUCAGUGCGUCUGCAAUCAGAUGCGAGGAUGUCUCCCCUGAAACGUUUCGUUGCUUUAAUCUCAUGUGGCUUUCUCUGUCUUACUUCAAGUCAUGGUUCUGAAAUUAUUAAUGGGAAAGAAGCCCCACCACACUCACUGCCUUUCAUGGCCCUGCUGGAGAAAGGCAAACCGAAAUGUGGAGGGACAUUAAUCGAUCCACAAUGGGUCCUGACUGCUGCCCACUGUAAGAACAUGAAAACUGUGUUGCUGGGGGUGCACUCCAUAAAGAACAAGAACAAAGAAAAAGACUCCAGGCAGGUCCAGAAGGUGAAGGAAGCGAUUCCUCAUCCCUACUAUGAUAAAACCAAACAUCUCAACGACCUCAUGCUGCUCAAGCUUCAAAAGAAAGCAAAGGAAACCAAGACAGUGAAAAGUCUUAAGCUGGCAAAAACUGUCAAUGAGCCGGCAGCGGGCACCAAGUGUCUGGCAGCUGGAUGGGGAACCACCAAUAGCAAGGUAGAGAAAAUGUCGGAUGUCCUGAUGAAUGUCAACGUGACUGUGGUCGACAGAGUGAAGUGUAACUCACCAGAGUGUUACAACCUCAGACCCGUCAUCACCAAGAGCAUGGUAUGUGCCGGGUCGGACGGUAAAAACGCUGCAGAUACCUGUGUGGGGGAUUCAGGAGGACCGCUGCUGUGCAACGGGGUUCUGGUUGGAGUCACUUCAUUUGGAGAUGAGGAUUGUGUAUCGUUAAAGAAGCCUGGCGUAUACUCUUUUCUCACAAAAGAACAACUUGUUUGGAUCAAGAAGACAAUGAAAAAGUAUUGAGUACAAUGAGGGCUCUCUUUGAAUGCUUGGCUGUUUCAACUAUUUUAAUCACUUCUGUUGUUGCACUGCUUUUAUUUUACAUUUAUUUUAUCCUAUGUGUGACAAAUGAAAUAAAUAAAACCCAAGCCCUCCAGCUCUGCAGAGGGGACUCAGUGAUAUUGAUUUAGGUGCACUUGUCUCAGAAUGCAGUUGUUUUUUGUGAUUGUUAUAAAGUCAUGAAACACUUCUAUCUCAGUGAUACUGAUCUCUUCUCUUUGGGAGAAUGUUAAUACGCCGAGCCGUGCAGCAUAACUGUCACUGCGUUCUUUGAUGAGUAUGAAAACCAUGUCAGGCAUCCAUGAUCAACAAAUUCCACCAAAUAUGUCCAGCAAAGUAGUUAACACCUAUUUAACAAUUUAAUUGACUUGCAAGCGUUUAGUGUCAGGAUGUUUUAUUUAUUAUUUUGUGUGUGGUUGUCCAUUGAUGUAUUAUUCUAAGCUCAUGGUUGCAUUAAAAUAUUAACUUUAAUACGUGUAGCUUCAAGUUCAAGCGAGCGUGUGGAAUAUUGAUGUGCUCUGACUUUCAGUAUCACAGUGCAUCUGGUACACUGUUAUGUUUCAUUCAUUUAUUUUUAUGUUCAGAGAUGAUUUGAAGCUCAUGGCUCUGUUAGAAACAAAAUAAACUAGC